UUUUCAUUUCCUUCAUCAGCUUCUCAACUUUAUUGUUCCCAGUUUCGCCGACUUCGCUCUUCUGCGUCUCUGAAUUUUGAAGGUUUUGAACACUUGUUCGGCUUGACUAUGUUUGUGAGGUCAAAGUAGUGGUGUGUUGUUGUGCUGGAGAAAGUGAAUCAAUCCAUCAUGAUGCCUGAUGAUAUUGCUGCACAAGCAUGUCAUGAUGGUGAGAGGGUGCAUGCUCAGGCAAUGCAUGGUUACCAAUCGGCAUGGAUGGCUCAUUGGAUGCAUACAAGUUAUAAGUCAGCGACCCCGGCUUGCAAUCGUGUAACGAUUGAUUGUGAGCUUAAAGAAGUCAAAGAAGACACUGGUGCUGAUCAGCAUGGUUCACUUGGUGCUGAUCAGAAGUCAAAGUCUAUGCAUGCUGGAGCAUUUGGAGAAGAAGCUAGGGCUGCAAGGGUUAACUUCAGUAAUGAGGCAGACACAGGAAUAUCAAAGAAAGUGAGCUCUGAUCCCAAUUCAUUUCCUGUAUUUGAUCUUUCUCGAAAGUUAGAUGGAAGAUUGUCUCUGCAGAGGGAAGAGAAUAGUGUUUACCAUGGGGAAGAUGUAAAAUCUGAAACCGAAGCCUGCUCAGGAGAUGACAAGGUUUCUCUCAACAGAGCUGGGAAUCACUUACCAUCAAGAUCUGCACAUGCUCCUCCUAAAUCAGAAACUUUAGUAAGAGAGUGUAAAUUGUUGUCUGAAGGAACUUUAGCUGUUCCAACAUCACUAUGGAAUGACUUUGUAAAAUCAGCUUCUGACAUAGUGCCAAAUGGACGUGACAAAGGAAAAACCUUGAUGCCCCAAUUCAAACCUCUUCCACUUGAUAUAUAUCAAUCAAGCCACAAUUUAGCAUCCCAAGAGUGUUUCGCAAGUACUAAAUAUCAUAGUUAUUCUUCUCUUUUAAUCCGUGAGAAGAAAAUAAGUAGCCUUUUGUUAGACCCUCAAAGAUCUUCCUUUUCAAGAUGGAUGCAAGGUGGUAUUGCUCAUUUGCCACAUGAUCCCAUAGCUGGCAGUGAUGGACUGUAUUUUGUUCGUGGUCAGGACCACAAGAUUCAAAAUUAUACUGCUAAUCCAAACAUUACAAACCAUACUGCAUCCUUGGAGUCAAUUAAACCACAAAAUUUUUACGGUGGAAGCUCUUUGGUAAAGCCAGUGCCAUGUUCUGUUCAUGAUGUGGAGACUAAGAAGAUAUACACCUGUAUAGAUUCAGUAGAAGAAUCUUCAAGAGGCCAUCCCAAAAUUUCCGAGACAACUCAACAAUUUCUGAUGUCUAGAAAGUCUGAUGUUAAUUUAUCUGACCGAGGUCAGUUCUUUGAAGGGUCAAUAGCACCUAACAAAUACAAAGGAAAUGCUGAGAUCCUUGAUUUCUCUCUACCCAUGAGUGACUGUGCUCUGGAUGGUCUGAAGCUGGAAGCUUUAGGCAGCUCCAUUAAGAGUGAAGGAAAGGAAAAUGUCCAAGAUUUCAAAAGUCCAACAAGCCUGAAGAAUGAAUCAUCUGCUGAAACAGAUACUAUGGACAUCAAUGCUUUACAUGAGAAUCAUCUUUUUGGUAAUGUUUCAUUGCAAACAAAUAAGUGUUCCAAGGAUAGUCAAAACUCGCUCACGUCUCAAGUUGGAAAAACUUCAGCUAGAGAGAAAACCAUAGCAAAAUCGGUGAAUACAGCAGUACCAGAUAUAAACCAAGAGCCUCAUGAGCUUCUCACUCCGGAAAGUCCAGUGGUUGACUGGGAGAAUAGCACAUCAAGAACCCACAGCCUCAAUGUGGAACACCUUUCCAUUGCAGAUGAGCAAGCAAGGUCAAAAUCUGGCAAUAGUUCUUUGGGAUCAGAUCCAGAUAGCAGAUGGGUUAAACGACUCAAGUUAUGCACAUUGGGUUCUGCUCAUGGUACCAGGAGUGCAAAACUUGGAGAAAGUUCUUCGCAUGAAAAAGUAAAUAAUAUUUUCAGCAAAAUUAUGAAAGGUAGCACAACUAGUUUGGAACCCAAAAUUGUAUAUCAUGCUGAGGGCGAGAUGGUACCAGAUCUACCUGCAACAGUAUUAACAAAUGGCAAGUCCUCUGUUACUGAAGCGAAGAAAACAGUAGAAAUUACACUUUCACAUCCCUGGAUUCAGAGAUGGAGUCAUAAUCGUGCUGCAUCUUCCCAUAAGAGACAUGAAUUAGUGGAGCUUCGUGAACCAAAGUCUUCAAACACUGUGCUGCUGGAAGCGUUUCAAAAGAAGCAGUUUCCAAGCAUUGCUGCUAUGGCCCUGAUGGGAAAGGCACUGAACAAUAUAAAUCCCUCUGAGCUUAUGAAAAAGGGACCCAUAACGAAGAGAUUUUGAUAUUGUUGGCCAUAGGUAUUUAAAUUUAUCAAGUUUAUGACGGCAGAUUCACGGGAUUAGUUUGAGAGGAAUACAUGGGAUAUGACUGCUUGCUUUGUAGUCAUAUGGAGAAAUAGGAAAUGCUCGGGCCAUAUGCCAGAAUCAUGUUGAAUAUGUUGCUUAUCUUACUACCUUGUUCUCCUCCGAUUUGGAUUAAUCGAAGCAAAAUAUAAGCAGUGCAUGCAAGAAUCAUGUUGAAUAUGUUGCUUAUCUUACUACAUUGUUCUCCUCAGAUUUGGAUUGAUGGAAACAAAAUAUAAGCAGUGCAUGCAUGUAAAGAUAUUAAGUAUGGGAACGUACCUUUUC